AUGGCAGGUCGCGCGUUGUACCCAGGCGACAGCGUCAUCGCAGGGUGGGCGCACAUCGCUGCGGUCGCGGCGUGGGCCUCGGUCCCCGCCCCCAUCCUCACAGCCUACAUGACCGCGCUCGGGGACCCGCACCUCAAUGCGAUUCCAGUGUUGGCCGCCAUACCGCCGCACAUCCAUGAGGCGGCAGUUGCAUCCCUCAGUCCGGCAACCCAUGUCGAUCGGGUGAGGGUGUGCAUGCUCGUCAAUGCGGCACGCCUCAAGCUCCACCUGCCGCUGGUGGACCUCAUGCCACCGCCGGCCCCGGCGGUGGCGCCAGCGGCGGGUAUGCAGGCUGCAGCUGCAGCACAGCCAGCCGUCGUGGGGCCGAAGGUGCGCCUGAGCAUGGUGCUCGACCAGGUCCGGGACAUGGAGGUUGCAAUGCUGGACCGUGAGGCGUUGGCGGCGAAGCGGGCUCGGUACCUGGCUUUGGGGGAUCCCCCGCUCCAGUCCGAGCAGGUCAGUGACGCGCAGCUCACGGCCCUGAGCUGGUUGCACACCCACGGGCCGGGCAUCUACGUCGACUUCGGCGUGUGGGGUCCGCACCAGCUGCGCUCCGAGCGUCGCAACAAGUUCGUGGCCCAGAUCCUCCAGGCCGACGGGACCUGGCGGUCUGUCGAGAUCGGCGGCCCGGACUGCUUCGAGACUUGGGAGAAGUGCUGGAGGGUCUUCCGGACUGGUGCGAUCAUGGACGCGGUCGCCCUGCCCAGCACUCUAGACACCUACGCGGCGAAGUUCCGGGAGCGGGUCACCAUGUUCCCGAACUCUUGGGCGUUGGCGGCCCAAGCGGACCAGAGGUGCCGCCUGGAAUGGAUGGUAGAGGAGCGCCGGAACCAGGAACAGUUUGCUGCAGACCAUCCGGCGUUCAGCAAGCUCGACACCAGCAUGCCAUGGAACACCGUGUUCAAGGCAGCGGCCACGGACCGGGAUUUCUGGCAGGACGAGUUCCUCACCCCGGCGCUCAAGGAGCUCCACGCGGCGCCGGAAGACCGACAGGAGGCAGGCAGAGCCGGCCCGUCUGCCUACGGGACAACACCGGCGCGGCCGGCGGACCCGCGCCUGGCGGAGCAGCACCCCGAUGGCCGCUGGAAGCUGGCGGCCGACGGAAAGGACUUCUGCUUCCUUUGGGGUCGCGACGGGGCUUGCGUCGACGGCCAGUGCCCCAACCGCAGGUCGCACACGUGCGAGUUCUGCCGCACAGGCCACCGCACCAUCCACUGCCCAGCGCACCCUGGCUGGCAGCCGCGGGGCGGCAAGGGCAGCAAGGGCGGCAAGGGCGGCAGCAGCGUCGGAGACGCGUUUGCCGGCCCUCGGUCUGCUGCUGCGGUGGACACAUGCGGUUUCGCCAUGGAUGACAGGGCAACGGCGGGGCCCUGGCGGGUGCGCCGGGCGGCCAGACCGUUGUCUCGGAAAGCGGCGGGCUGCGUGCGCAUGCAGGCGAGGCGCGCUGCAGCGGCCGCGGCACGGUCAAAGCAACGCAACGGCGGCCGCGGUGCCCAGCAGCUUGCACGUUCGUCGCCUGCAGCCGCCAGACUCGUGCGCACCGAGGGCCCGGGGCACGCGCCGCAGCCCGGGCGCCUCGGGCAGGCGCGGCCGCGCGCGUCCAACACAGAGCCGGCGGCGCAGGUCUCGCCGUGCCAGGCAGAGGCCGCGCGGCCUGCAGGUCUCUCCGCGUUCCUAGAUGUUUCUGGGGGAAGCGAGGCGCUCACGCGCGCCGUCGCGCGGAGGGGGCUCGCCGCGGCCACUCCGGCUGGCAUCCUCCGGGCCAGCGGCGACGGCAGCGCUGCCAGCGUGGCGGUGGACUUGCGCGAGCCCCGCGUCUUCCGGAAGCUGCGGGCCGAAAUCCGGAGGGGCCGUGUCAGAUGGCUGCAUGGCGCUCCGCCGCCGCGCAGCGGCGCUGCGUCGCGCGCGGACACGCGCGGGGGCGCCGCGCCCGACAUGCUCUCCAGACACGUGGCCGCGCUUGCGCAGGCACAGCAUCGUGCCGGGGGCUGGUGGUCACUGGCAUUCCCGGCAAGGUCGCGCAUCAGGCAGACGCUGGCGUUCCUUCGGCUGGCCGGCUUGGCUGGGGCACAGCUUCGCCGGUGCGACCUCUGCUGCUACGGCUGCUCACAUGUCGUGCCCAAGGGCAUCCUCGGGAACGCGGCGUUCCUCUCCGAGGUCAUGCGCGUCUGCCCGGGCGCGCCCAGCCACUUGCACCAUUCGCCGCCAGACGGCAAAGUCCUGGCCACGGGUGGGCGACUCGUCAGCCGGCGCGCCCUGUGCGCGGAGCCGCCAGAGGAUCUCUGCGAGGCCAUGGCCGCCGCAUAUGGCGCGGGCGGGCAAUGUCUCCCAGCGCCGCCGGCCCCGGUGCAUAUCGUCUUGCAGGGGCGGGUCGACGCGGGCGCGCCCGACGCGCGGAAGAGGCGCCGCCAGCGGGAGAAUGACGCGGCCAUCGGCGGCAUGAGGUCGCCUGCGCUCUCCUUGCAGCAGGUGCCCGGGUGGCUCCCUGUCGGCGCGCGGCUGCGCAGCGCGAUAGACCAGGUCUACGCGGCGCAUCGAGGAGGCUUGCCGGGCGAAGUCGCGGCCGCGGCUUCGACAGCUGUGCGCGCUGCCGUGGGCCUCGGCCCCUUGGCCGAGUCUGCAGACGAGGGUCUGGACGCUGCCCUCUACGAGGCGCUCGUCGCUGCCGCGGGCGUCCCGGAGGUCCAUGUCCCGGCGUGGAUCAAGUCUCACGCGCCGCUGGGGAUCGUCGAGCCGAUUCCGACGUGCGGCAUCUUCCCCCGCGUCUCGGAGGACGAGGCGGACCGCGCUGCUGAGCUGUAUGCCGACCCAGUCGUCCUGUCUGGCGGCUUCCGCAAUUACACCAGCUACGCGGAGAACCGCGAGGCCGCCGACGCCGAGUUGCAGGCGGAGGACAGGGGUUCGUGCGUCAAAGUCAGGCUUAUACACGAUCUCAGCCGGUCGGGCGUCAACCGCAACAUCCGCCUGUACGAGCGGAUCGUUUUGCCGAAGCUGUCCGAUGUGGUCAAGGCAGCGCGGCGCCUGCUGGGCACCCAGCAACCUGGCGACGAGGUCGAGUUCAUGGUCUUAGAUUUCGAGAGCGCCUUCAAGAUGCUCAAAGUGGGCGAAGUUGAACGUCGUUUCGUCGCUGGGCAGGGCGCUGGCGGCUACUUCGCCUACAAGACGGUGCUGUUUGGGAUCGUUAGCGGGCCGCUGCUGUGGGGGCGCCUUGCUGCUCUCACCACGCGCAUCACCGCGUCGAUAUUGGAUCAGAGCGCUGCCGACUUGCAGUUCUACGUCGACGACCCGAUCUUGGUGGCGUCAGGGUCCAAAUCUGCCCGGGACCUCAUUUUCGGCCGCGCGGUUUUGCUGUGGGCCGCCCUCCGACUGCGGCUGCAGUGGAAGAAAGGCAGGCGGGGUUCCGCAGUCGACUGGAUUGGUGCAUCCAUUGCGGCGGACUCUGCAGCCCGCCGCGUCGUCAUCACGCUCCCGGAGUCCAAGCGCGUGGAGUUGCUGGAGGCCGUGGACCAGUUAGCCUCCGUGCGGUGGGCGCCGCUGCGCGACGUGCGCCGUCUUGCGGGCCGGGCGUCCUGGAUCGCUGGGCUCCUCCCGCAGCUCCGGCCGUUCGUGCAGCAACUCUGGGCUGCCCAGUGCACGGCGCCAGCCGGCAAGCGCGUUGGCCGAAGGCAGAUUGCACGGGCCCUCACCUGGCUCCGGGCCUUUGCGACAGGCUCCGCUGGCCCAUUUUCCCGGGUCGUCCGCGCAGCGGACCCGGUUCUGCAUUUCACUGUGGCGUUUGACGCAUCGACCACAGGUGGAGGGGCGCUGCUGUACGUGACGCUGUGGUCUCACGCAGCUGCCGCGCAGGCGGUCGUCGGCGACCCCGGCAGCCAGGCGCGCUGGGAGGUGUUCGUGCUGCUCGCCUCGUUCAUCAUGUGGCGGCCUGUCAUUUCGCACGUGCAUGCCGGGGUCAGCUUUGUUGGCGACGCGCAGGGGGUCUUGCAAGGCGCUGUCCGGUUGGCCUCCAGGGACCCUGUCAUCAACGUGUACAUCUCGGAGAUCGCCUUGCGCAUCGCAGGGGCUGGCGUUGACUUGGAGUCUUUCCACAUUUGGAGUGAGGUCAACACGCUCGCUGAUGACCUCAGCCGCCUGGGCGAAGGUGCCACCCUCCCGCCCUUCCUGCAGGACGUGCGGCGCUGCGCAUUCUCCCUCCCGGAGUUCCGCAUCGCGGAGGCGAGGCGCAGUCCGUCUGGCGCGGACGAGGCAGCACCUCGGACGCCGCAGACCGUGAACGUAUAG